AGUCCGAUUUCAUCAGUGUUUUAUCUACUACGUUCGGUGUGUUCGUAUGGCUACCGAGUUUAUUUUUGAACACUAGAGUCGUCCUCAGAUCAGCUGAUUAGAAGACCACCAUGCCCAAUCCAUGUCUGGAGCACUCGCCUAACGCGGCCUUAAAUAAAACAGUAUUACACAAUUACUUGACACUGCCCAUCCCCGAUGGAAAGUGCCAGACCACGUACAUUUGGAUAGACGGCACAGGCGCAAAUCUGCGGUGUAAAACACGCACUUUGGACUUCGUCCCAAGCAAGCCAGAAGAAUUGCCCAAAUGGAACUACGACGGCAGCUCCACGUACCAAGCAGAAGGCUCAAAUUCGGACACAUAUCUGUUCCCCGUCGCCAUAUACAACGACCCCUUCCUCAGAGGAAACAACAAACUAGUGCUGUGCGAUACGUACAAGUACAAUAAGAAACCAACGGAGACCAACAAGAGAUUAACGUGUUUCCAGGCCAUGGAGGCGGCGAAGGACUCCCAACCUUGGUUCGGCAUCGAGCAGGAAUACACGCUGCUUGACAUGGACCUCAGACCCCUAGGAUGGCCUAAGCACGGUUUCCCCGGGCCUCAGGGCCCCUACUACUGCGGCGUCGGGGCUAAUAAGGUGUACGCCAGGGACAUCGUCGAAGCCCACUAUAGGGCCUGUCUGUACGCGGGGAUUAAUAUAUCUGGCACGAACGCUGAAGUUAUGCCCGCUCAGUGGGAGUACCAAGUGGGGCCUUGCGAAGGCAUCGCAGUCAGCGACGAGCUGUGGGUAUCGAGGUAUAUCCUACAUCGGGUAGCGGAAGACUUUGGCGUAAUUGUAACGUUUGACCCCAAGCCUAUGGAAGGGGACUGGAACGGAGCGGGUGCUCACACUAACUUCUCAACGAAAGCCAUGAGGGAGGAAGGAGGUAUUUUGGAAAUUGAAAAGGCUAUCGACAAACUCAGCAGAAAUCAUCUCAGACAUAUCCAGGCCUAUGAUCCCCGUGGGGGAAAAGACAACGAACGCCGUCUCACCGGAAGGCAUGAAACUUCGUCUAUUCAUGACUUUAGUGCAGGAGUCGCUAACCGCGGAGCGAGCAUCCGUAUCCCCAGGGAUUGUGCCGAGAACAAGAAGGGAUACCUGGAGGACAGAAGACCCUCGUCUAACUGUGAUCCUUACUCGGUAACAGAAGCUUUAAUUAGGACAUGUGUUCUAGAUGAAUAAACACGAGCGUUCCUAAAUAAAUUUUUAAUAUGUUCUUUUACACGAUAUUUUAUAAUGCUGUUAACGUAUAACGUACGUGAAAAAGUUUUAUUUUUCACAAACAAAACUCAAUACAUCCAGAAGUCUGGGGAUUUCUCAGAUACACCGUAUCAUAUCCGAAAUAUUCAGGAAUAUUCAAAUUACAAACUGGUACUAAAUACUGUAUGUUAGAUUAGAAGGUUGUAAGUUUAAAAGCACAACGUUAUAAUAAUGGCGAUUAUAUGUUAGGAAAAUAUAUAGUUUAUAAUUUAUAUUGGUUUACACACAAUUGUUAUAUAUGUAUAAAUGAGAAAAUAUAUGUUGUAUUUGUUUA